AAAUAGACAGGGCCGGUGUCAGAGGGUGUUGGCCAGCAGGAGUCCAGACAGUGAAGGACGACGUCCUGCAGCGAUCCAGUAAUUAGACCGAGCCCCGAGGAGCCUCAAAUCUGCUCUCAUUAGAGAAAAGAUUCAGGAACACUGAAGGUGUGAGGAGAGGAGGAGGAAGAGGAGGAGGAGGAAGAGGAGGAGGUGUCUGAGGUAGAGGAAGGGGAGGAAAAAGAUGAUGAGUAGGAGCAGUAGCAGGAGGAGGACGAGGUGUCUGAAGUAGAGGAAGGGGAAAGAAAAGAUGAGGAGGAAGAGGAGGAGCAGUAGCAGGAGGAGGAAGAGGAGGUGUCAAACCUGUCAGAACUCAGACUAGACAGUGAUGGAGAGCGUGAUUGCGUUCCAAGCGUCCGUAAACGACGACGGUUUGAUCGUGACGACGCUGGAGCGCUCUGACCUGCAGGAGAACGCCACGGCGUACGCCGCUCAGAUAUCCGGAGAACCUCGACUGAUCCUGGUUCAGUUUGUGAACACCAGCGAGCCGCUACUGGUCAACACGUCGUUUCAUGGUCUUUGCUACACGGUGGGACUACUGGUUAAACUGGGACCGAGCUGGUCCAGACCCAUCAAGACCAUCUCCCUGCUCACCAAGCCACUUCCUGUCCACGGCGUCCACAUAUCGGACUAUAAGGAGUCUCCGGAGACCGGCGUGGUGUUCGAGAUCGAGCCUCCGGCCGGAAACGUCUUCAGCAGAGUCAACAUCAGCUACACCGAAGGACAAGAGCGCCGCUCCAUGCUCUACAAAGAUUUCUACAAGGGGAAGACGGUGUUCAAACACUGGUUACCUGGAGUCUGUUACCGUAACAUCACCUUCCAGCUGAUCUCUGAGGCCACCGUGUACCAGACCGCCCUGGUGACACACAGCGACAUCACACACUCACCUGUACACCAUAGGACAGUGCCCUUCCCGCCCCUCAACAUCUCCCAUAAGAUCGUCCACUUGAGCCAGAGGACGCUGGCGGGUGAAUCCCCCGACGCUGUCCCUCCUGAGGGCGGCGAGGAGAGCCGGCGAGCCUCCCGUCGAGCCCGGGACGUCCCGCUGAUGGAGGAGCAGGAGGAGGAGGAGGUGCACACCGAGGAGGAGAACGCCUCAGAGGAGACAGCGGGAGUCGUCACACGGGUUCCCUUCAGCCCAACACACAACCUUACAGGCAGCGCCACCGUGAACCAGACGACGGAGAGCUACUGGCUGGACCCGACCGACCCGUCUCCUGCGGACCGAGAUGAGGAGUUCGUUAACGCCGUGGUGUCGGAGUACGAGGACUCUAACGAGCCCGGCUCCGCCAUGGGGCUCCCCUCCGAGACCUCCGUUCUGCCAACCAGACUGCCCCCCCUCCUGCUGGAGCUCCGCUGGCUGCCACCGCGCCCCCCCACCAGCUACGACGGCUUCAACGUCUACAUCUACAGAGACGGUAACUCCACAGAAACCGCCACCGUGGAUGAAAACACUCACGAGUUCUUCACCGAGUUAACGGAGCAGGGAACGUACCGAGUCCAGGUCACCACGCUGAGCUCGUCUGGAGACUGCGAGGCCCGCGAGAGCGCCGCCGACACCGGCUUCACCUUCUACCUCAGUCCUGGUGGCGAGCUGUUGGAGGAGCUCCGUGAGCGUCCUCAGGCCGUCAGCGUCCGACUGCUGGACUCUAGCACCGCCGCCGUCUCCUGGUCGGCGUCCUCAGAGAACCACAACGGCAGCCUGGUGUCGGUGGUGUCCACCACCUGCCUCAGACCCAGUCUGAGCCAGAGGAUGGAGAACACCUACUGCAGCGAGGAGAACACUACCAGUGACAUCAUCACUAACCUGACCCCCGGGGCCCAGUACCGGGUGGUGGUCUACCACACCAACGGACCCCUGAUGAGUCCUCCGUCUGAGCCCGUCAUCAUCGAUAUAGAGCCCAGCGGCGUGCUGGAGCUGUCCGUCUACCCUCUGAGUCCGACGGCGGUGAUCCUCAGCUGGCAGCGUCCGUACCACGUGGCGUUCAGGAAGUACGUCUUGCAGACCUUCUUCUUCAACCCCGUCACGCUGGCGUCCGAGUGGACCACCUACUACGAGAUCGCCGCCACCGCCUCCGUCAUCGCCUCUGUGAGAGUGACGGACCUGCUUCCCGCCUGGUAUUAUAACUUCCGUGUUUCCAUGGUAACAUGGGGUGACCCGUCGCUCAGCUGCUGCGACAGCUCCACCGUCAGCUUUGUGACAGCUCCGGAGGCUCCUCACAUCUCCUCGGUGGAUUACUCUCACGGCGUCCUCUACGUCCGCUGGACAUACGGCGAGCUCUUCAUCGACCUAUCACACUCCAGGAUGCUGCACUGGCAGGUGGUCGCCGUCGGCAAGAAAGGACCCGAGAGGAGCUACUCCAUCGACGUGACUCGUAACGUGAUGCGGGCCAGCCUCCCUCUGCCUCCUGGUGACAUCUACAACCUGACGGUGACGGCGUGCACCGAGCGCAGCAGGAACACCUCCAUACCAAACAUCAUCAAACUGGAGCCGGCUGCUCCCAGGUCUCUGUACGCCGUGAACGCCACCCACUCAGCUGUGACUCUGCUUUGGGCCGAGGAGGGAGUGGUCGACUACUACCAGGUCCUCUGUAAGGCCAACAAACCCAGCAAGGAGCUCAAGACCCGCGAGCCUCAGACGGCGAGCUCUCACGUGGUGACGGUGUCCGGUCUGCUGCCGUCGUCUACCUACAACUGCACCGUCAUCAGCUUCAGCUACAGCACGCCCAGCAAGCCCGCCCACAUCACCAUCAGCACCGCCGCUAAAGAGAUGAACCCGAGCGUCGCGGCGAUCUCGGCUCUGGCCAUCCUCAGCAUCCUCCUCAUCAGCCUGCUGGUUCUGUUUCUGCUGGUUCUCCGUAAGAAGCACCUGCAGAUGACCAGAGAGUGCGGCGCAGAGACUUUCGUCAAUUUCGCCUCAUUUGAACGUGACGGGAAACUUCCUUAUAACUGGCGAAGAAGCCUCUUUGCCUUCCUUACCCUACUGCCAUCCUGCCUUUGGACUGACUAUCUUUUGGCUUUUUAUAUUAAUCCUUGGAGCAAGACAGCUUUAAAGAAACGGAAGCUAACAAGUCCUGUGCAGCUGGACGACUUCGACGCAUACUUCAAAGACAUGAGCAAAGACUCGGCCUACAAGUUCUCUCUGCAGUUUGAGGAGUUGAAGAGCGUCGGUCUGGAUCUUUCCCAUGAUGCAGCAGACCUGCCCGUCAACAGGCCCAAGAACAGAUACACCAACAUCCUCCCCUACGACUUCAGUCGGGUGAAGUUGAUCUCGAUGCACAACGAUGAAGGUUCCGACUACAUCAACGCCAACUACAUACCCGGAUAUAAAAACACUAAAGAGUACAUCGCCACUCAGGGGCCGCUGCCUGAAACUCGUAAUGAUUUCUGGAAGAUGGUUCUGCAGGAGAAAUGUCCGAUCAUCGUCAUGCUGACUCAGUGCAACGAGCGACGCAGGGUGAAGUGUGAUCACUACUGGCCGUUCACAGAUGAACCGGUGAUGUACGGAGAGAUCAGUUUGGAGAUGCUGUCUGAAACCGAGUCUCCAGAGUGGACCAUCAGGAAGUUCAGACUGGGAUAUGCUGAUGAGAGUCAGGACGUCCUCCACCUGAACUACACCUCGUGGCCAGAUCACGGCGUCCCCACGGUCAACGCCAUCGAAAGCAUCCUGCAGUUCGUCCACAUCGUCCGUCAGCAGGCCAACAGGACCAAAGACCCCGUCAUCGUCCACUGCAGUGCUGGAGUCGGCCGGACGGGGACCUUCAUCGCUCUGGAUCGUCUGAUGCAGCACAUCAGAGAACACGAGUUUGCAGAUAUCCUGGGGAUGGUGUCUGAGAUGCGUUCCCACCGUCUGUGUAUGGUCCAGACUGAGGAGCAGUACGUGUUCAUCCAUCAGUGCGUCCUGUUGAUGUGGCAGAAGAAGAAGCAGCAGUCCAUCACCUCUGAUGUCAUCUACGAAAAUGCCAGCAAGACAUAAUGAUGGAGGCUCCAAAAGACGCUGCGAACACACCCAACCUCCUGUGCUUCAGGCAUCCAUUCUCUGCAGAAGAAGAUCCGCUUCAUCAUCAGUAUCAAAAAACAACACAGCAGAACAUCUCGACAAAACAAAAAAAGAAUCCAGUUUUUGGUUUGAAUUGGUGUUAAAGCAUGGGAUGGAGUUUUGCCUUAAGGAGCCUUCACUGACUGACCAACAUGUUGAACCACAACCCUGCCCUCUGAACUGGACUGACUCACGUCAACGUAGGGUGGGAGGAGUCGGAGGUUAACCAGCUCCGUCCCGUGAUUGGAUGUCUACACUGUGUCCGUCCUCGUUGAGACGACGCGAGGCGACGAGUCGGUGUAACUGAGUCAGCAGUUUUUCAUUUGAUUUCUUUUUUAAUCUCAGGAGUAGCUGAAAAACCAGCAAGCACACUGGCCUCUUCCUCCGCUUCCAACCUAAUUUAUCAUUCGCUAGUUUUAGUCUUUUGCAUCGUUGAUAGUGUUCACCUUCUCGCAGCGUGCAGCUUUCCUGGCUUUUUGCAACGUAGGAGUCGAAGGCAGUAGAUUUGAACGUUACUCACUGCCAAACACACCGAACACAGACUAGAACAUGUUGAUUAUUAAAAACACCAACUGCUCUAACAUGCUAACUAACUGCCAGGACUGCUGCACAGAUAGUAUUCACUGGAAGAACCCAGCAAGCAUUCGACGGAGAGGGACGUUCUGGAAAAUGAGCACAAAAAUUUGUCACGUUGAAGCUGAUUUUUAAUUGAUUGGUUAGCUGCAGGUUUUUUUUAAUUAAACACUAAAAACAUGCUUGAGGAAGCUUUACGAACGUAAUGUUUCGGUCUUGGUCGAAGACGUUAACACCGUCAAACUUCGAUAAAAAAUAUAUUCGUCACCUAAAAAAUUGGAACAUUUUUGUCUGAACGUGCUGAACGUUCCAGAGUUCAGCUUCGGAAAGUCUUACUUUGGUACCAAUUUCACGAAAUGCUGCUCGACCGCGUCCGAACUUUUUAUUCCGUCCGUGGAAUGAACCAUUAAACGUCUGAAUGUUUGCUGGGUCUGCACAAGAACUAAAGGGCACAAAACCAGUUGAAGGGAACGAACGCCUUUCUGUGGAAACUCCAGCGCCUCAUGCUGCCGUCCCGUCGCUGUCGGGCGUGUCAGAGGCCAGUUUAGAGACUGUGGUUGUAGAGCUGUAGUUCGUAUUUGCACUGAGGCCUCGGAGCUGCCUGGCCUGCUGACAGAAGAAGGGAAGACUUCCUGCUGCUGCUUUGACCCUCCGAGGUUCAGGAUCGCAUCAGCUGGAAACAAGCGGAUCAUAUCUGACAGUAACUGAAGAUUAUUCAGACAGUCGAACUGCCAAAACCACUAACAAAUUAUAUCAACACCUGAUAUCAACUUUCCCUUUCUGUUGCUGAAUUUGGGAAAUGACAGAAACAUAUCUGCUCAGCAAACCGUCAUAUCUGCAGGCCGGCCCCAGGCACGAUUUGAGUAUCUUUCAUCCAUCAAAUUACCAACAUUUAAAAACUGUUAACUAUAAUUCAUGACAAUAAAUCUGAAACUUUUGCCCCAAGACGUAACCUAGUAUACACUGUGGUUCUAGGAAGUAUAAAUUUAAAACACUCAUAAAAUGUUAACUUCAACAGAUAUCUGCUUUUGUUAUAACGCCCCAACAUUUAGGAGAGAGAGAGAGAGCAACCCACAUACUAAACUUUGGUUUUAUAUUAUUUGGAUUCUUGUAUUAAUCCUCAAAUGUUGUGUGCUCCAACAAAAUAUGUGGUACAGAGCCCUCAAAAGGCUCACGAUAUAAACCCCAAAUUUCAUCAAAUUUAAUACAAUUUUUGUGUUAAUCACUAAAUUUGUUAAAGCACCCGAAAAUACAGAGAUAUUGUAAUGUGCCCCCUAAAUUUGUUUUGAUACAAAAUUUUGUACAUUGGCCACAAAUAUCAAUACAUAAUGUUUGACGUAAACACAUUUAUGAUAUUUCUUUUAUAAUGGGAAAUUUUGGUAUUGCAUCCUGAAGAUUCCUGUAUUAAACGCUAAAUCAUGUAUGCUCCCAUAAAAAUGGUUACAAUCCCCAAAUUUGGCCCCAAAAAGUUAUAAGCCCCAAAUUUUGUAUUGAACUUCUACAUUUUAUUUGUUUUAAUCCCAAAAUUAGAUAUCAUUCAUUUUUUUUUACAAUAAAACGAUUUGGUAUCGUACUCUUACAAUUUCAUUUAAUCAAUAAAAUUUGGUAUAAUAUACCAAAAUAUUAAGUAGUGCUACCAAACACCCUGAAGAUUAUUGUAUUAAAGGCUAAAUCAUGUAUACUCCCUUAAAAAAGGUUAUAACCCUCAAAAUUGGUAUUGCAAGCCUACAUUUUCUUGUUUUAAUCCUAAAAUUAGAUAUCACUAAUUUUGUUUACAAUAGAGCAAUUUGGUAUUGUUCUCUUACAAUUUGUUUUAAACAAUAAAAUUUGGUGUAAUAUACCAAAGUAUUUGGUAGUGCUGCCAAAAUGUGUUAUUAUCCAUAAACGUGGUACAGCACAGUCAAAGGUUAUGUUGUAAAUGCCAGAUUUGGUAUUCCGUAACAUUUUUAAAAGUAACCCCAAUAUUUGGAGUACUUCCAUUUACAACCAAAAUGCAGGAGAGAUAUUUUGGAAUUUGUAAAUCUUUUGGGCGUUUUAACAAAUCAGUGAGUGUUAACAUUAAAGACUUUAUAAAAUGAACAAUGAAACUUUGCAUUUGGGGCCGACUGAGUAUCUGUCUUAAACACAUGAAUACUGUACAGAAAAUAGUUAUCAAGCCAUUUUCUGAAGCAUCAGUCUGUCCGUUAUCAGAUCAACUGAUUUACUCAUUUUCCAUCUUUCUACUGAACAUUUGACUUGAAGGGCAAAAGAAAACUCCACAUUUCUCACUUCCUCGCUGACUGUAGAGAAUGUCUACUGAGCAGAUGAGAGUGGUCGACCUUCAUUCAACCCAAAGUUUUACACUCCAUUCAGGAUGUACAGGGUGUCGCCAAAAUAAGAGCACAGAGUUGAACAGCUUUUCUUUUUGGUCCUCACAUAGAGGUCACAUUAAAGGUCAAAUACGAGAUUACGCCUGAUUUUUAACUGUUUAUACAUACAUUUAAAUUUACUGCCAACAAUCGGUAUUAUUCCAGUUUACAGUGCAUCAAUGGGAGGGAAUUGUUUAAAAAUGUGUCAGUAAAAUACCCAAAUCCAUAUCACACCAACAUUUAUCCGAACUUUCUAAAUGACAAGCAAUGAGAGUUGUCUGAAGAAAUGUUUUUUUGUGCAUCAUUGUGUUCAUACUCAGUAAAGUAAGUAUAAAUACAUAUUAAUACUUCCCUACUAAACAAAUUGUUGAGUUUAAAUAUUUUUAAUAACCUAGGUUUAGUUUUAUUAAAAGGACUUCAUUAAGUUUAGUUAAAAUUAACAAAACAUCUCAAAUACAUCGGUGUUUAAUCUCGUCUUAACAAACAGCUUCACGAGUAUUUUGCCUGAAUAAAACAAUAUAAAAAAUAAGCAACAUUAAAUUAGUUACUAAACUAAAGUUUCAUCACGACUGUAAUUGCAACCAAAUAAUUCAAUUUGUAAAAAAUGUUUUGAAGAAAUCACGAAUAUCAAAAUAAUGUUUAAUGCCCCCCAAAUUGUUAAUGAUCACAAAUGUUUGUACAACUCCCUAAGGUUAUUAAACAUUUUAGAUAUUGAUAUAGCACCUUAAAUACUAACAGUUUUAUUAAAAGGAUUUCAUUAAGUUCAGUUAAAAUUAACAAAACUUCUCAAAUACAUCCGUGUUUAAUCUUGUCUUAACAAACAGCUUCGCAAGUAUUUUGCCUGAAUAAAACAAUAUAAAAAAUAAGCAACAUAACAUACAUAAGAAACUUCAAAAGCGAUGUUAUGAAUCCAAAUUUUGGUUAAUAUCAAAAUAUGAUACAACGCCUACAAAUUAGUAAAUAAUGUUUAGCACCCGGCAAAUGUUUUAUGAUCGCAAAUUUUUGUACAACUCCAUAAAGUUAUUAAAAUGUCUAAAAUAUUGAUAAAUAUUGAUAUAGCACCUCAAAUACGAGCAUCUGACCAAAAGAAAAGCUGCCGUUUGUGUUAUUUUGACCACACCUUGUAUCCAAUUUGUAAAAAAAAAUGGAAUAAAUCAAUGAAUGUGUGUAAAAAGGCCGUUGGACACUUCAGUGUUGACUUGUAAAAUGAUUCGUCAUUGUGGCCUUGUGGUUCAAACACCUGAAGUCUUGACCUUUGGUUCGGUCGCCACUCAGUCUGCGAGAGGUUACAUUUCACUAUUAGAUAUCAGAUGUACUGUACAUACUACUACUGCUUAACUAUUAUGUUUCUACUCGUCAUUACAAAGUAAUUCUCGUGGAAAUGUUGCUUUAGAGGUUUGUUUUUUAAAAGUUGUUGUAUAUGUGAAUCAUUACCUGAGCCAGAAGUUCUCUCAUCACGACGACGGUUCGGCUGCCGGACGUCCGGAGACUCGGCUGUUUGGAGAACUCGUCUGCGGACGGAGAAAACGCACUUUGGUACGACUGUCAAAAAAAAAGAUUUACAAGAUAAUAACUGACAGAAAAACCUGCAGACAAUGUCCGAAAGCUCAGCACUGUACACUCUUCUACAAUUCUUUCUCUUGCUUAGUGUGUGUCCAGUCAAACUUGUACGUCAUUGGUGCCAUUCUUGUGCAUUGUGUCACUUAAAAUUUGAGGGAUGAUCUUGAGCUGAGAUCGUCGUCACAGAGUUUUAAUGUGUGUGUGUUGGAACAAAUAAAAUGUUGCAGUUA